AUGACUGAUUGUAACAUCGAUGUUAACAGUCACACCUGCAGUACCUUGGCUGAAUUCUCAUCUUCCACGUCAUCUGCAGCCAUCAAGCAGCCUUUGGUGAGCCAGGACAUGGCCGGUGGCACAAAUCAUCCAUCUGAGGCAUUCUCCAAAAUGGCUUCUGGAUCCCAGGGCAGAGUGGUAGAACAUCGUACUCAAAAGCUGGUCAGAGAAGCAGAGAAACCUCUGACUCCUUCUGCCUUCCAGAAGGAGAUGUCUCUCACCACCAGGAAGAGGCUGGUCAGCAAGAAGAAGCUGAAUCUGCCCCAGAUUGUCCAGCCUCAAGACAAGCCUGAGACCUCCCAUCAUAAGUUCUCAGCAGUUUACCCAGACCACCGCUCACUUCAGCCUUUCCCACCAGAGGUGGUGUUUCAGAAUUACACCCCUGGCGAGGUCUAUGAAAUGCCAGUGGUUCUGAGGAACAGGGACAAGGUUCCUCAGCAGGUGAAGGUCACCUGGGAGAGCUCACCUUACUUCCAGCUGGUGGGCCCCAGUGGUAUGUGCCAUAAAGUGCCACCGGGCCUCUCUAUUACUAUUCACAUCCUCUUCACCCCUUGGCAGAACAAGGAUUAUUUCCACCAGCUCCUCUGCAUCACCGAAAGGGAAGAGUUCAUUGUGCCAAUUUGUGCCAUUGGUGCCCGAGCCAUCCUGGACUUCCCUGACCUUCUGGACUUCUCGGAGUGUCCGGUCAAGUACAGCAGUGAGAAGACUCUGCUGGUUCACAACCUUGGUAACCGGGCAGCUCGUUACCACCUCAGCACCCAGAGCCCUUUCUCUGUCACUCCGGAGGUGGGAACUCUGGGCGUUGGCGAUGUCGUGCAGGUGACAGUGGGAUUUCAGCCACUCCAGAGUGGUGACCAUUCUGCAUCCCUUGUAGUGCACUACGACACAGGUGAAAACACCCACACAAGCCUUCAUGGAACAGCUGUGGAUGUCCACAUCAGGCUGGACAGGGAUACUGUGACAGUUGGGAAGACGUACAUCACAAUGUCAAACCACACAACCGUGCGCAUCCACAACCUGAGUGGUAUCACAGCCCGCUUCCAGUGGAAGGCUUUUGAUACUCAGGAAGAGGAGGAUCAGCUGAAGCUGAGGCAGUAUCACAGGCUGUGUCGGCAGGAAAAGGACAAGUUAUCUGAUUUUCUGAAGGAGCGCAGAGUGGACACCACUCACCGAGAACACUCUGCUCUUCUCACCCGCACCAUCCAGAGAGAGAGGGCAAGGCUGCAAGGAGACCCCAUGCUGUUCAACAAUGACAUUUUCUCCCUUGAGCCAAAGGAGGGAGAGAUCAGGCCGAAUUGUUCAGCUGAAAUCAAUGUGUUCUUUAAGCCCCAAGCAGCCCGGGUCUAUGAGCAAGCAGUUUACUGCGACAUCUCAGGCCGUGAGACCAGGCUGCCCCUGCUCCUCAUAGGGGAAGGCCUUGGGCCCCAGCUCCACUUCAGCUUUGAGGAACUGGACAUCGGGGAGGUUUUUGUCAGAGCAGCCCGCAGUUAUGAGGCGAUCCUGUUAAACAAUGGACCUAUUGAGGCUCCCUUCAGGCUUGCCCCUCCAGCCACAGCCAUGAGCUCCUGCUUCACCUUCCUGCCCCAGGAGGGCAUCGUGGCACCAGGCCGGCUCCAGGCCAUCCAGAUCUCUUUCUGUCCCACCGUUCUGGGGGAGUUCAAGGAAGAAUUCUGGUUCCAUGUGACUGAAUCCCCUAAGCCUGUGACCUUGACUAUCAGGGGCUUCGUGAUGGAACCGACUUUCCAUUUUGAUGUGCCUGCCCUCCACUUCGGUGACGUCUCCUUUGGCUUUCCUCGCACUUUGAGGUGCUCCCUGUCCAACACCUCCCUGGCACCCAUGGCCUUCAACCUCUGUAUUCCUGAGGACGGCUUGGGAGAGGCCAGCAUUUGCAGCUCUCUUCAGAUAUUCAAAACCACUCGCCAGUCUUGGAGGAAGGGAGCUCAGGGUUUUAUGAAGCCAAGGGAAUUUCACAUAAGUCCCUGCAGAGGGACCAUCCGCUCCCUGGGAUCCCAGGAUAUCGAGGUCACUCUGUGUUCCAACACAGUCCGAGAGUACAGGCUGGAGCUGGUGGUGGACGUGGAUGGUGUUGGCGAGAAGGUGUUGGCGCUGACCCUCACAGCCAGAUGCAUCGUUCCUCCACUGCAAGUGCUCAACCCUGUCGUGACGUUUGGGCGGUGCUGUCUAAAGGUCCCCUACAACAAGAAGCUGACCCUUCUGAAUGACAGCAACCUUCCUGGCUGCUAUGGGGUCCUUCCUCAGGAACACAAGGAGAAGGCUGCUGCAUGGUACUCCAGCUCUGCGCCAUCCGGGAUCAUCGAGGCUCACAGCUCGGUGGAGAUCCCACUUACAUUCGAGGCCCAGUUGCUGGGAGAGUGCAGCAUCACUGCUGAAGUGGCCGUGUUUGGGAGCAAAGGAUCCCCGCUGGAAAUCCAUUUAGAGUGCAUUGGACAGGGACCAGUGGUCUAUGUAUAUCCGAGGAAGAUAAACUUUGGCACUAUCCCAGUCUUACAAGAUAGUUCCAAAUCUCUCCAGCUCUCCAAUCAGACUGACAUUCCUGCAACCUUCUGGGCAGAGAUGGCUGGCAAACGCUCACGCUGGAGGAUUGAACCCAGUAAAGGAGUGGUCCCCCCUAAGUCUGAGGUGUCUCUGAUUGUCACAGCAAACCUGGAUGACACAGAGAAAUUCCAGGACAAGGUGAAGGUGUUCAUUGAGAACAGCUAUAUGGACAUCAUCCCUGUCCAGGCUGUGGGCACCGGCACCACAAUUGUCACUGACAAACCUUUUGCUCCAGCGCUCAACUUUAAGCCCCGCUUCAGCUUCACUCCCUGCUGUUACCAGUUCAAAAUGACAAACAAAGGACGACGCAUCCAUCGGCUGUACUGGACCACAGAAGGUUUCCACAUCUUUUGGUGGAAUACUCGUCCCCCCGCCCUCGGUGGCACCAAGAGUAAAAAUGCUUCGCAGACCCCCAGAGCUGGCAGCCCCGUGUUUAAGCUGCGACCGCUGCAGAUGGACCUGAGGCCAGGCCAGACUGUGGAGAUGGUGCUCGAAGGCUGCUCCAGCACUGCUCAGGAGGUGAAGGAGCGGCUGCUGUGUCACGCUUUGGUGGGGAAAGAGAAAGCAAAGAAAAAGAUAAUGCAAGUGAAUGUCACCUGCGAGUUCAUUUGCCCUGUUGUGCAAAUGUCUUCCAGAGCAAUCACUUUCCGUGUGGAGAAGAAACCCACUGAUGUCCUGACGCUGCAGUACAAGCCUCUGUCUUUAAAAAACAUCUGCUCCCUUCCACUCAGCAUUGUACUGGACUUGGAGCAGCCGUUCCUAAUCUGUGAUGUGAACCAGCAGCCCCUCCCUGCAGACUCCAAGCCCAUGGUGCUGGAUGUAGGGGAGGAACUUCAUUUCUGCAUCCAGUUUAACCCAGCUUAUGAGAACGAUUUGAACAGCCGGGUAGCAGAGAGGGCUCUCAGGGUGUCCUUCAUGGAGCAUCCUCAUGAGGAGCACAUCGCUGUUCUGGGAGAAGUCCACUUCCCAAAUCUCCGUCUCCAGGCCAAGGCCCUGGACUUUGGCUGUGUCAUGAAUGACACUAAACAAGUGCUGUACACGGAG